UGAGCAUAUUGAGACAGCCACUGUCAUAGAACCAGGAAGAAGGAAGGUGGGUUAGCCCCCCCUAAAAAAGAUACCAUCACAAAGCAGUUGGAGAACGUUCCUUAGAAAACCAUGGGGGUCUCCAGGUGGAAGAUCGCAGGGGUUGUCUUAACGACUGUUUUAAGUUUAUUACUGCCAAUUCGAGCAGAUGAACACGACCACAAGUACACGGAUAAAGAGGAGGUGGUUCUAUGGAUGAAUACUGUGGGCCCUUAUCACAACAGACAGGAGACUUAUAAGUACUUCUCUCUACCAUUCUGUGUGGGUAAGAAGAAAACUAUUAGUCAUUACCAUGAGACAUUAGGAGAGGCGCUACAGGGAGUUGAAUUAGAAUUCAGCGGUCUGGACAUCAAAUAUAAAGACGAGGUGUUGCAGACAACAUACUGCGAAAUUGACCUGGACAAAGCUAAAAGAGAUGCGUUUGUCUACGCCAUCAAGAACCACUACUGGUACCAAAUGUACAUAGAUGACCUUCCCAUCUGGGGAAUUGUUGGUGAAGCUGACGAGAAUGGGGAGGACCAUUAUCUCUGGACUUACAAAAAGCUGGAGAUCGGAUACAAUGGGGAUAGAAUCGUGGACGUUAACCUGACCAGCGAGGGCAAAGUCAAGCUUGUGCCAAACACAAGAAUUCCCAUGUCUUACUCUGUGAAAUGGAAGAAAUCUGAUGUGAAAUUUGAGGACAGAUUUGACAAAUACCUUGAUCCAUCCUUCUUUCAACACAGAAUUCACUGGUUCUCAAUAUUCAACUCCUUUAUGAUGGUGAUUUUCCUGGUGGGUCUUGUUUCAAUGAUCCUGAUGAGGACGUUAAGGAAAGACUAUGCCAGAUACAGCAAAGAAGAGGAAAUGGAUGACAUGGAUCGUGAUCUUGGCGAUGAGUAUGGAUGGAAACAGGUUCAUGGUGAUGUGUUCAGGCCGUCCAGCCAUCCGCUGAUCUUCUCCUCCCUCAUCGGCUCUGGAUGCCAGAUCUUCUCUGUUUCUUUUAUAGUUAUUGUUUUGGCAAUGAUUGAGGACUUGUAUACAGAGAGAGGCUCCAUGCUUAGUACAGCCAUAUUUGUUUAUGCUGCUACGUCCCCAGUCAAUGGCUACUUUGGUGGCAGUCUGUAUGCAAAACAAGGAGGCAGGAGAUGGAUCAAACAGAUGUUUAUAGGAGCUUUUCUGAUUCCUGCCAUGGUGUGUGGCACAGCAUUCUUCAUCAAUUUCAUCGCCAUCUACUACCACGCCUCCAGAGCCAUCCCAUUCGGCACCAUGGUUGCGGUCUGCUGCAUCUGUUUCUUUGUAAUUCUACCACUAAACCUGGUGGGGACAAUUCUGGGCAGGAACCUGUCUGGCCAGCCCAACUUUCCCUGCAGGGUCAAUGCUGUACCCAGGCCCAUCCCUGAGAAGAAAUGGUUCAUGGAACCAGCUGUUAUCGUGUGUCUGGGUGGCAUCCUUCCAUUCGGAUCAAUAUUUAUUGAGAUGUACUUCAUUUUCACAUCCUUCUGGGCUUACAAGAUAUACUAUGUGUAUGGAUUUAUGAUGCUGGUGCUUGUGAUCUUGUGCAUCGUGACGGUCUGUGUUACCAUUGUCUGUACCUACUUCCUUCUCAACGCAGAAGACUACAGAUGGCAAUGGACAAGCUUUCUCUCAGCAGCAUCAACAGCAGUUUACGUUUACAUGUACUCCUUCUACUACUAUUUCUUCAAAACAAAGAUGUAUGGAUUAUUUCAGACGUCAUUCUAUUUUGGUUACAUGGCUGUGUUCAGUACCGCUCUGGGAAUCAUGUGUGGAGCGGUGGGUUACAUGGGAACAAGUGCCUUCGUGAGGAAGAUCUACACAAAUGUGAAAAUCGACUAGAAGCUCCACAGUGAUGCUGCAGAUCAGCCGACACUUCCUCCCGAUCAAAGCGGGCACAAAGUCUCCAUUUAUUUUGCAAGAAGAGAUUGUGGUAUCUUGUACAAAAUCUAGUUUUCCAUUUUCUCUAUGAAUUAAAACUUGCGACACGAUGCGUACACAAGGGUAAAAUGAAAGGUGAAACAAACAGGACUUUUAAUUUUUAAUUUUAUUUGAUCAGAUUUUUGUUUUUCCCUCCGGUUGAAAUGCAGACCGUAAAUGCAGAUAAACGGGAAAAGAAAGUACACCACAGCAUUGCUCCUAUUUCUUAUAAAGCUAUUCCACCCAAGAACCAUUGAACAGAUCUUUAUUGAU